AUGGCCGCGACGCAGAUCCUCCAUCGUAUCCGCCCUGGCACAUUAUCCGACGUCAAUGUUGCUACAGAUUUAUAUCUUCAAAGUUUCAACAAGGAGACCCUGCUCGACUACAUGUUUCCAGGCCGCCACGAAGAUCCAGCUCCUUUGCAGAAGUGGAUAGCUCGGCGCUUUCGGUUGCGCUACUGGGCGGCAGGCUAUGUUCUCACAAUGCUCGAUGAUGCAAAGGGUGAACCCGUCGCUUUCUCGUGGUGGCAUAUUCCGGAUGAGUCCGUGUCCUUCACUGAUCGAUGGCUCUCACUUCACGCCUGGGUUGCCCCUCUCAUACGGGCAGUGUUGAAGUUGCACUCUUACCUCUUCCCCAUUCGUGGUGCUGAUCCUCAUCGUCUCGGUAUCUACGACCGCGUCUUCAGUACCAUUGAGCCAGAAAUUCUCAACUCUCCUCGUCGUCGGUCGGCUUGGUAUCUGUCCAGCCUUUCCGUCUCUCCUGAGGUUCAGGGCAGUGGCUAUGGCUCCCUGCUACUCCAGAACGGCUUGGAGGCGGCCGAUCGUGCAGGUGUUCCCACUUGGCUGGUGGGAUUGCGUGGGCUGGACCAAUAUUAUAAGCGUUUUGGUUUCCUUGAAGUGGCCAGGGCCAACGUUGGCGAGUUGAAGGACUGGGACGGUGGCAUUGUCAUGUUCAGGGGGGAAUGA